AUGUUGGAUUUUGGACUUGCAAAACACCAAGCAGAUGACCCAACGAAAAAUGAAGAUGAAAACGAUUCAAUGAAAGACCAAAAAGAAAAGAAGAAACCAUAUGCACUUCAAAAACCUGCGAAUACGGCACUACGUCAGCAGCGUUUGAAAGCAUGGCAUCCCAUCUUGUCUCACUCUACCGUGCUACCCAUUUUGUUUGGAAUGGGCGUAUUUUUCGCGGUACUGGGUGGUGUCAUGUAUUGGUCAUCCGUGCGGGUGAACGAGCUUACUAUCGAGUAUUCCUCCUGUCGCGACGAAGCUCCUCAAUCCGGUCCUCCUGAGAAUAUACCUAGCAAAUAUUACAAAUACCGUUUUCAUUCAAAGCACGACUUGAAAAAUAUGCAGCCCCCGCAAUGGAGCGCCGAGCGUAUUCAACCAGGGCCUGGCAGGGAGAACAACCCAGCACGAUACCGCUGCACGGUUUCUUUUUCCAUUCCUGAGCAAUUGGAUCCAGGCGUGUUUCUUUAUUAUAAGCUCACCAAUUUUUAUCAGAAUCACCGAAGGUACAUGAAAAGUAUGGACUACCUGCAACUUUUGAAUAAGCCGCGCACCGCGGAUGAACUACAAAGUGAUCAAUGUAAGCCCCUUGGUCGGGAUCCUCACACAAAUCUGGCUGUAUACCCGUGUGGAUUAAUUGCUAACAGCGUUUUUAACGAUACGUUUACCUCACCAAUCAUGCUGGAUGAAAGUGGAAAGGAAAUAUCUACGUAUAACAUGAGUGAAAAGAAUAUCAUUUGGCAGAGUGAAUACAAGCACUACAAGACACCAACGUACAAUGCCUCUGAAAUCGUGCCGCCGCCCUAUUGGCAAGGAGCCGAAGGUCCAUUUGGAUAUCCCUCUGGUAGGUAUGAGGAAGGGAAAGUGUUUGAUCCAUCGAAGAACGAGCACUUUCAAGUGUGGAUGCGCACUGCCGCUUUCCCCCAUUUCAGGAAACUAUAUAUGCGCAACGACAACGAUCCGAUGACUGUGGGCCGCUAUUCGAUCGAGAUUAAAGACAACUAUCCUGUGAAUAUGUUCCAUGGCACCAAAGCUAUCGUGUUGAGCACAGCAUCUUGGGUCGGCGGUCGUAGCAUCGUCAUGGGUGCAUCACACAUUGCAGUCGCAGCUUUGUGCUUUUUAUUGGGUUUUGCACUGACAGGAAUGCAGCUCGCUCGCCCAAGACGUGUGGGUGAUACGAGGUACCUGAGCUGGAAUAAUCCUCCGAAACAGCGCACAUGA